AUGGAGUGGAUUACGUCAAUCGAGAGACGAUUCCAGAAGCUUGAAGAGAUGACCUUGGUAGUCAGCAGUUCCGCUUGCAGACAUGGCCUGGCACCACAUCACCAUGGGAGGCAGAACUUCCACACGUCCCAUGGUCGCACCACCGACUUCAUGCCCAUAGUUUCUCUCGAUUCCUUGCAUCGACUUCCUACCUGA